AUUAGGUCUGUAGAACGACAACAGAUAUGUUGGGUUUUUUCAAAUCCAAAUCUAAAUCAAUAACUAUUCCUGAUCGGCCAUGCCCACCUACAUUUGAACAGAUAAAAGAGGAUGUAGAAGUCACAGACGAGAAUGACAUAAUAUUCCGUACACGUUCACGUUCUGAUAGCGAUUCGUCAGGGGAGUAUUUCGAUGCCCUCUCUGAGUUGGACACAUCUGAAGAUGAGGAUAUGGAGGCUGAGCAGGACCACGUUUAUGACCAGGCUGUAGAACUGUUACAAAUGCACCACAGACUCGUCAGUGCCCCUCACACCCUGGAAACAGAGCUAGAAAGACUUAAAACCGUGGGACAAGAAGUGUCUGAAGCAGUGGAUGAUCUUAGACAAAUCUCUAGACAUGUCUCCCAUCACUCAGAGAGCAAGGAAAAAUCACCCCCCACUACUGGCACUAGUCAACAGAAAAGGACAAAAGUCAAACAUUAACCUCUCACAUUAGAAAGAAGAGUGUAAUGUAUGUUAUUGUCCUCUUCCGCUUUCUUUCCAGCUUUCUUGUAUUCAUUGCAAAUGGUAACAUGAAGCAGUUACAUAGGAAUAAUGAAUAUAUCUAUAAACAUAAAACGUUAAUUCUGUAGGAAAUGUUUCCAUAUGGGUGUCGCAGGAGUUUUACGAUGUGGUGUGCUUUGAUGUAAAUAUUUAUGACAGGCAGUUGAGUUUGACUCAUAAGUGCAAUAAAUUUUUAAAACAUGUA